AUGAUAUAUACUAAAAAGGAUUUACUGUUUAGUGUACAGUAAGAAACAUAAUUCAUUAUUUCAGGUGCUGGAGAUAAGACAAUAAGAUUCUGGUAAUAAUCGAACUAAACUAAUUGGAUUAAUUCACAACUUUAUGUAUAACAUACAGAUGAUGUAAUAUGUAGGAUAUUAAAUUCUAAUGAAGAUUUAUAAUUUUCUGGGAGCGAUGAUAGAUCAAUUAAAGUAAUAAUUAUAUUACUGCAUUAAUUUAAAAUUAGACAGAAAAUUAUGUAGUAUCAUAAGAUUAAAUUAGUAUUUGGUAAGGAAGAGAAUAAGACAAGUAAGAAUUCAAAAGUGUAGUUAUAAUUGAUGAAAUUUCAUAAAUUGAGGGUAUUAUAAAUGCAUUGAAUUAUAGUUAUCAUCUUUUUCACCUAUAAACAAUCAAUUUAAGAAUAAGGGAAAAAGGUUAAGUUUGUUACAAAGAAAUAAUUUAUUUGGCUAAUUGGUUAUCGUGAAGUAGACAGACUAUGUAUUUUAAUUAAAAGAUGGAAUCUUUGAAGAUAAUUAAGAGUAACAAUUCAAUAAUAAAUUAUAAUUAAAUCUAAAAUGA